GGGUGGGGAUGGCGGCUCGUGUUCUCCUCCAUCUGCCUGAUCCGCUUCCUGCGGCCGGAGUUGGCGACCUCGCAGGCGCCUGAGAACCAGGGGCCGGACCGCUCUCUUACCUGGACUGGUACCUUCCUGUGGCAUCCACCAGAUUGCCAAGGCGUGCGCCGGGGCUCUCUUGUCUCCCUGGACUUCAGCCUGUGCCCCGCCACCCUUAACGGUCUUUUAGGGGCUCUCCGCGCUCCCGUGUAGUGCACCCCUCCUGGAUCUGACCAGAUUGUAAGGCUCCAGUCGGCUGGACCUGCCCAGUCGGGGUUCUUCCUCCUCUGCUUGCGCGUUUUGAUCUCCCAGAGCCUGAAGCUGCUCUUGUGAUAAAACUGUGUGUGGGGUGUUUGCUAGUCCUGGACCUACAACACUUUGAGGUUUCGCUUGGAGCCUGCAACCACCACAAGCUUUUGUUUGCAAGAGCAGAGCUAUUGGGCAGAUGGUGUAUUUGAACGAAGUCAUAGCUAUGGGAACGUAAGGAUUCAAACCCGGGGAAGCUGAAUCGGUUGCUGGUCAAAAGGAACUACCGGUUCUAGAUCUCAUGAAUUCCAACAGACAAUAAUCCAAUCGCGGAGGAAUAGUGCAUGUGCAAAAAAUUCUUUGGGGUCAGGAGAGUGCUGGUAUUGUGACCAGUGAUGGAAAUUCGAUACCAACAUUCAAAACACACAAGGGAAUGGGUCUUGUAAAUCACGUAUUUACUGAAGACAAUUUGAAGAAAUUAUAUACUUCAAAUCUUGGAAUUGGACACACAAGGUAUGCCACUACAGGAAACUGUGAAUUAGAAAAUUGCCAGCCCUUUGUUGUUGAAACACUUCAUGGGAAAAUAGCUGUGGCACAUAAUGGUGAAUUAGUUAAUGCUGCUCGCUUAAGGAAAAAGCUUCUGCGUCAUGGUAUUGGUCUGUCAACAAGUUCUGAUAGUGAAAUGAUUACCCAGCUACUGGCUUAUACCCCUCCUCAGGAACAAGAUGACACCCCAGACUGGGUAGCAAGGAUUAAAAAUUUAAUGAAAGAAGCACCCACAGCAUACUCUCUGCUUAUAAUGCACAAAGAUGUGAUUUAUGCAGUCCGAGAUCCCUAUGGAAAUCGUCCUCUAUGCAUUGGCCGUCUUAUUCCUAUUUCUGAUAUAAAUGAUAAAGAAAAAAAACCAUCAGAAACAGAAGGAUGGGUGGUGUCUUCAGAAUCUUGUAGCUUUUUAUCUAUCGGUGCAAGAUAUUACCGUGAAGUCUUGCCUGGAGAAAUUGUGGAAAUAUCCAGACAUAAAGUCCAAACUCUUGAUAUUAUACCAAGGUCUGAAGGAAACGCAAUGGCUUUCUGCAUCUUUGAAUAUGUUUAUUUUGCAAGACCAGAUAGUAUAUUUGAAGACCAGAUGGUUUACACAGUAAGAUAUCGUUGUGGUCAGCAGCUGGCCAUUGAAGCCCCCGUGGAUGCAGAUUUGGUUAGCACUGUCCCAGAAUCCGCUACACCUGCUGCUCUUGGUUACGCAUCAAAGUGUGGGCUUCCGUACGUGGAGGUGCUGUGUAAAAACCGGUAUGUAGGAAGAACAUUCAUUCAGCCAAACGUGAGGUUAAGACAGCUUGGUGUUGCCAAAAAAUUUGGAGUGCUGUCAGACAACUUUAAAGGAAAAAGAAUUGUUCUUAUAGAUGAUUCAAUCGUGAGAGGCAAUACCAUCUCGCCCAUAAUCAAGUUACUCAGAGAAUCUGGUGCAAAAGAGGUACAUAUUCGUGUAGCUUCACCACCAAUUAGAUAUCCAUGCUUCAUGGGAAUAAACAUACCAACAAAAGAAGAGCUUAUUGCUAAUAAACCAGAAUUUGAGCAUAUUUCAGAUUAUCUAGGAGCAAGCAGUGUUGUGUAUCUGUCAGUAGAAGGACUGGUUUCAUCUGUACAAGAAGGAAUAACAUUGAAAAAACAGAGAGAGAAAAAGCAAGACAUUAUGGUUCAAGAAAAUGGGAAUGGUCUGGAAUGUUUUGAAAACAAUGGUCAUUGUACAAAGGAAGAUAUUAUGAUUCAAGAAAAUGGGAAUGGUCUGGAAUGUUUUGAAAAGAGUGAUCAUUGUACAGCUUGUCUGACUGGAAAAUACCCUGUGGAAUUGGAAUGGUAGCUGCCAGGGGCAGACAUGGUAUUUCAGGACACAGAAGCUGGUGAAGAAGUUGUAGUGGUUAUACCUCCAUUUACUGUUACUCAGUUGGUACAAUGUGAAAUGCUACAUGCUUGUGUUGU